AUGAUAUGCUUCGUACAAAAAUACACAAAAGUUGCUGUACAGUCAAACCUUUUAAGAUAUUCUUUGAAUAAUUUCACAACGGUUAAAUUAUAUAAGCCCUCUAAAUUUGAAGGUAUAAAAAAAAAACUGUUUCUUAAAAAAAGACUGUUUAAUAUAAUUCACAAAAAAAGAGCGAACGAUAUUAAGGGAGAACCAUUUUAUGAUAACAUUACACAGUAUACACAAAACAAGAGGAAAAUUUAUAUGAAUAACAAAUAUAAUGUGAAGGAAACAAAAUAUAAAGAUAUAGAAGAGGAGAAUACACAAGUUAAACAAAAUGAACAUGUAUAUAUAAAUAAAAAUGUAAGUCAUAAUAUACAUACCAAUGAUCAUAAAACUAAUGAUAAAAGUGUACAAGAAAAAAAAAAGGAACAUAUUACUAUAGAAGAAAUUCUAUUUAAAACAACUACAUUUGGAUAUAUAGAAUUACAAUAUAUAUUAUCUACAUUUAUUUAUUACGAAAAGGAGAAUAUAACAACUCACGAUCUUUUAACUCUAUAUAAUUUUGUCAAUUUAUCAGAAAAGGAUAUAUAUGAUUAUUUAUCAUCAAAGGAAAUUAUUCCUGAACAAUUUGUACGAACAAGAAUAAUUACAAAUUUAUUAAAAUUUAUAAAUGUGAACCAUCCGUCUUUAAAAUAA